AUGGAAAGCACGCCACAGCCGUCAGAUUCUUCGUCGGAGAAGCUCACAACCUUCUCAUAUUUCCCAGAACUUCCAACAGAGCUCCGUCUCAAGAUUUGGGAUCUAUGUAUACCCGCUGCUCGAGAUGUAUACCUCAGUCCAAAGGCGGAUCGCAGGAUUCAAAAGCACCCGCCAUUCCGGGGCUGGUUUAUCACCAGCGCCAGUUUUAUUGUUGGCGGCUUAGAAUUUGAUACCAAUUGUAUUCCGCCACUGCUUCAUGUCAAUCAGGAGUCACAAGAGGUGGGGUUGGCAAGCUAUGAACUAGCUUUCGAAAGCUGCCAUAGGGCUGGGACGGCAUACAUUGAUUUUGAAAGAGACACUUUGAAGAUGACUCGGGCUGGCGCAAAUUGCUUAGGCAUGUUUCUUGGAGGUGCUUUCUGGGGUGCAGAUGGUGCAGAAAAGAUUAGGAAUUUGGAGUUCAGGGUUGAGACACAUAUGUGGGAUGUGGUUGACUUUUGUUGGAAUGAUGUUAGGCAGUUCAGCAGCUUGAGAAACCUGAGGUUGAUGAUAUAUGCGAGCUUCGUAGACGAUAGCGAUAUUCCGGGUAUAAGAGAAAAGUUGAGGAAUUUUGCGCUUCGACAUCCCGAGUGGAAAGUCCCAAAUAUCAGAAUAUGGCUUGGAAGCCCAUCUAUGAGACAUUGGGUAACUCUAGAAGAUCUCAAUAUCACGGAAAAUGUUUUAGAGUAA